ACGACAAACACAAGUUCAUGACAGGUUGACGUUGCCUGGCUGAAGAGCACGUGCUUGCUUCUAAAGCGCGCUUGUCACUUUCUUUCAAACGUGACGUCACAGCUCUCUCCUCGGUGUCUCCCUUCCUCUUUCUUUCCACACACUCUCUCUCUCACGUUUAACAAAGCCGGUCUCCCGCCCGCCGUCGCCUGACUGGUCUCAGGCAGCACCAGCACCGUUCGCGUGCCGCCGAGCUAGCCUUGCAGUGUUGCCAACUCUCAGGGCGUGUGUUGUGCCAUGAAGCGGCGCGGCGUGGCGCGGCAGUCGUGUCUGCCGUUGUUGUGAAGCUCCACCUUCGAGAGGCAAAGCUGCGCGUGCUGUUUCGUGUUUCCCACCUGCUCUGCGAUGGCGGUGCCGCAGUACGCGCCCAAAGAAACCGACGCUUCGUAUUUCAAACCGUACAGGAAGAACCCGUGGCAGUCACCUCAAAGUUUCGUGUACAACCAGAAGGAUGGAACCUUUUUGGGAAGGGAUGCUGCAAGCUGGGCCAAGAUCGGGGUGUUCUACCUGAUAUUCUACGGAGUGCUGGCGGCGCUGUUCUCCAUCUGCAUGUGGGUGUUCUUCCAGACCCUGGACCCGCGCAUCCCGAGGUGGCAGCUCAACCAAUCCAUAAUCGGCACCUCACCAGGCCUUGGUUUCCGACCCAUGCCGCCAGCAGACAAUGUGGAAAGCACGCUGAUAUGGUACAAGGCAACAGAUGAACUGAACUACAAGCAUUGGACCGACAGCUUGAAGAAAUUCCUGGAAGUGUACAGGAAGCCCGGCCUGACGCCCGGCCGCGGGGAGAACAUCUACAGCUGCGACUAUGGCAAGCCGCCCCACAAGGGGCAGGUGUGUAACGUGGAUGUGAAGAACUGGGAGCCGUGCACCGAGGAGAACCGGUUCAACUACCACAAGUCAUCUCCCUGCAUCUUCAUCAAGCUCAAUAAGAUCUAUAACUGGGUUCCUGAGUUCUACAACAAAUCUACAGGUUUGCCUGCUGAAAUGCCAAUGGAUCUGAAACGGUACAUUGCGGACCUGGAAGCUAGGAAUGCUAGUCACAUGCUGAACACGGUGUGGGUGAGCUGCGAAGGAGAGAAUCCUGCCGAUGUGGAAUAUCUUGGCAGAAUAGAGUACAUUCCUCACCGAGGGUUCCCGGGCUAUUUCUAUCCUUACGAAAACUCCGUUGGCUACUUGAGCCCCAUCCUCGCCAUUCAUCUCGUGCGACCAAGAACUGGCAUCCUCAUCAACAUCGAGUGUCGAGCAUGGGCACGCAACAUCCAGCAUGAUCGACACGAGAGGGUAGGCAUGGUCCACUUCGAGCUGAUGAUCGACUAGCAUCAACCAGUCUUCAUCCUGGCAGCUCGGGUGAAGAGUACGCAAGAAUGCCUCUAAAUGUUGUGUUUUGACAGUGUGCAACCAAUAAAAAUAAAAGACACAAGUGAUAGGAGUAAAGUUUUUAUUGCCAGGCCAUGUAGUGCAACUGUCAAAGCAUUUUAGCUUCCCUUUAGCAAAACUGAAGGUGUCUCAAGUGUUUUAAUGUUCAACAGUAUUUUCUGUCAAAAUGCACUUUCAGAAUUGAUUGUGCAAUGAAGCCAUUAUCAAAUGCUUGGAAUGAUGAUGCCUAAGCAUUGUAAAGCAUGAAUAAAAAAAUAUUUUAUGUAUGACUGUUAAUAAUGGAAGUAUUUACCUCACGAUAGGCCUUAGUCACUACAAAAGCCUUAUAAGAUUACAGUAACAAGGAAAUGUACAGAAGUGUCUUUUCAAAGUGUCUUUAAUGUAUUUCUGUGGAUUAGAACUGUGUGUGCAUGGUUUGAAAUUGAAAGUAGGAUUUAUAGUUGUGUGGGAUGACUAAUGGCUGCUAGAAGUGGUUUGUCGUAACUACUGAACAAUUUUUAUUUACUUUCUCCACAAGUAUUAAACAUGUAAAAGUACAUGUUACAGAGUUUUAUUUACGUAUGUGUGCUAUUGAAGUUGGUUAAAUAUAUUUCCAUUUAGUAAAACAGUUCAUUAUGAGUGAAUUUGGAAUUUUACAAUAAGGUCAAUAAGAUAAUAAUUUACCUUGGCUAGUGUUUAAUUUUUAAAAUGCAAAAUGAAUAAAUCAUCUCUGUAUAUUUUGAAUAAUAAAAAUUUACAAUGAUGCUGGAAAUUGCAUUUAAUGGCUAAGUGAUGAUUUACAUUCAUGUUAAGUAAGAAAAUGUAUAUGUUAUGUAUUUUCAUAAUGUAACUGAAUUGUCAUUUUAAAGGUGUGAAAUUUUUUUCAAAUGAACUUUUGUAGUAUAAGGUAUGAAUCCAAGAACUUUCCAACAAUGUUUUAUACAUCUUUAACUAUUUAAUUUAUUUAAUUGGUAGGUAUUAAUUGUUGACGAAUAAAGUGAAAGAGUAAUGUACACCUUAGAGCAUAUUUUAAGUGCAUUGUUUCAUUUGUCAAAUUAAUUGUAUUUCAUGAAAAGCUGUAAGAGAAAUGUGGAUGACAAAAAACAAUAAAAUGUGGUGGUGUUUUGUGGAAUAUCACACACACUAAGCUAUUUUUAAUAA